ACUUCAUUUGUUAUACUUGUUCACUUGUUUCAUUUAUUUCAGGUUAUCUUCAAGUUGAACCGAGAAACAAUCAUAGUAGGUUGAUGAUUCAGUAACUCACAAGAUUUGUGAUACACAAUAAAAAAAGAGGUUAACAAUUGUUGAUCAACAAUCAGAGACAAUUAACUCUUCGUCAAACCCUUGUUUCACCAAUCCAUAAACUCUGGUUUAACCGGUAGAGUUGUAUCAAAAACCAAAAUACCAGUUUUAUCGUUGCUCACAUAUUUUUGUUGCUUUAAUUGCUUACACUUGUAAUUUACAAAAGUUGACUUGAUGAUCGUCUUUCACAUUUUCAGUUUAAUUGUAACCUUGUCUAAGUGAGUGUAAAAAGAAAGAGAAAGAGAAAGGUUAAUUGUUGUUGUUGUUAAAAUGCCCGAUUUAAAUUGCGUGGUAAAAUCUGGUUACCAUGGAAUCAAGCCUCGUUUGAUCACACUCAGGAAACUUGUUACCAACAUGGGAAACAAUAAGGAAACAGUCAUUAAUGUUGGUGAAUAUUUCUAUCAAUCAAGUGAUCUCAUUGGACAUGGAGCUUUUGCAGUUGUUUACAAAGGUAAACAUAGGACUAAGGAUUUUCCAGUGGCAAUUAAAACCAUUGCUAAAAAGAAUCUCCAGAAAAGCCAAAAUCUUUUAACCAAGGAAAUCAAUAUUCUUGAAGAAUUGACUCAACUACACCAUGAGAAUGUGGUAGCCUUAUUGGGCUACAAUGAAACAGUUGAACAUGUUUAUCUGGUCAUGGAAUAUUGUAACCGUUCUGAUCUGGCUGAAUAUCUUCAUAAAAUGGGUUCCCUGUGUGAAGAUACCAUUAAAUUCUUUCUUAAACAAAUUGCUGAGGCGAUGAAAGCUCUCCACCAAAAAGGAAUAGUUCAUCGUGAUCUUAAACCUCAAAAUAUUCUCCUCUGUUCCAAGGAACCUAGCCCAAACCCUCACGAGAUUACCCUGAAAAUUGCUGACUUUGGGUUUGCUAGAUUUCUAGUUGAAGGAUCAAUGGCUGCUACAUUGUGUGGAUCUCCCAUGUAUAUGGCUCCUGAGGUAAUCAUGUCCCUUCAAUACGGUGCCAAAGCUGAUCUUUGGAGUAUCGGUACUAUCGUUUUUCAAUGUUUAACUGGAAAGGCCCCUUUCAAUGCCCAAUCACCUCCUGCUUUAAAGCAUUUUUACGAGAAAAAUGUUAAUUUGGCACCAAAAAUUCCUCUUGGAACUUCUAAACAUUUGACAGAUCUUCUCAAUGGCCUGCUUAAACGUGACCCCAAUGAUCGUAUGGAUUUUGAUGCAUUUUUUAACCAUGAAUUUAUAAGACAUUCCUCUGCAAAUCCACAAGUUGAAGUUAAAUCUUCAAUUCCUUCAUCACCAAAUAAAACUCCUCCAAGCCAUCCUAGACCUUCAGGAUUACCGACUGGCUCAAGAUCUCCAAUUAAAAGUGAGCCAAAAAUUCCUGCUCGAUCAUCUUUGGACGAACCAGAGGAAGUUGAUGAUUUUGUUUUCGUUCCAUUCAUGGGUAAGGACGAUAAACCUGUUGAAACUCGUCAUUCGAAACCCAUACCAACCAAACCUUCUGGAGGAUCUGUGGGUAGCCCAGCCAUAAGCCCGACCGAUUUGUAUACUUAUGUUGGCCAAUUUAAAUCAGCCAGCCCUGUUCCAAGUCACAAAAAUGUUUACGAUCGUAUUCGUAGAAGUGAUCAAUCAAUAGGAAGAUCAUCAGGAACUGUUACGUCCGAUGGUGGAUCUGACCUUCCCUGGGCCAGUACCACCGCAAAUAGUAAUCCUAACAAUAGUGUAAAAGGUGAAUCACCUGGAAGCUCAUCAGAUAAACAGGAAUUAUUACCUGUUUCGUCAGAAGAAAAAUCCGGUCAACAAUCAGAUUCAAAUUCUUCUGGAAGCUCUAACACGAGUAAUCGUUUCAUCCACGAUAUCAGUCAACUCUCACCACCAGCAGUACAAUUCAUCAUUGGUACACCACCAGGAAUAGCUUCUGGUUCAUUUUCGGCUAAUCGCCGUUGUAGUGCACCUCUUCUCAAUGCAUCAAACUGCUUAGCCUCUCCAAUGAUGAGACAAUUAACUCCACCACUUCAUCUACAAGGUCUUCAAAGUGGUACGGCCGAGCUAACCUACAUGCCUGGCCUUUGUUCCCCAGACCAUCAUCAUCGGCCAUUUGUUCAUCAUCCACAUCAUCACUUGCACCAUCAAGUGGCCAGUAACGCUCUAGUUUCCCGGUGUAACUCAUCUCCCAUGAAAUUUACCUUUCAUGAUAAUCCUAUGGGUGAAAAACCAGGACGUGGACAUCACCCAUACCAUCCUCACAGUACUCAUCAAUAUCAUCCACAUAGCUUUGGUUUUGGAUCACACUCAAGUGGUCAUAAGGCUGCCAUUUUACUCAACGAUAUUUAUAGACUGAAUAGUUCAAAUGCAUUAACGCGUCACAACCAUCCUUCAGGAUCAUCUGGACAUCAAUGCUGUUACCCAGUUGUCCCCCAAUUCCCUAAUCGAAACUCUAUUGAAUCAUCUCCACGCUUUAUCGAAGGUUUUCACCGCUUUGAUGCACCUGAAUUACCAGAGGAAACUUUACUUGACAAAGAACAUAACGAAACACUCGCUCGGCUUAAUUUUGUCAUUACAUUAGUUGAAUGUAUUAUAAGGUUAGCAGAGCAUCGUGAAAAUACAUUGAAUUACUUGAUUGAAAGCUCUGUACCAGAGAUAACGCCACCAAGCCAAAGGCAAGCAGAGAAACUUGUUCUUUAUGUUCGAGCUCUGCAGUUUGUUUCAUCUGCUUUACAACUCUCAAGGUCUGAGAUUACCUCUGGAAGGCUCAAACCAUCAUCAUCAGUUCGACAAGUCCUUUCUACCUUGAAAUCAGUCUUUAACGAAUGCCUUGAGAAUUGCAGAGUUUUAACUCAGGAUGCACUAAUAGCUUCCAUGAAUCGUCAAGAUUUGGACAAUAUUUCUGCUGACAGUUUAAUCUAUGAUCAUGCUAUUCAAGUGGCUAAAUCAGCAGCCACUGAAGAAUUGAUUGGUGACAUGGAAUUGUGUUUACGAAAAUACCAAACAGCUCAAAUACUGUUACACAGUUUAUCUCAACAAUCAAGUAUCAUUGAUGAUAAGGGACUUCUUAGUCGAUAUAAGGAUGCUGUUGAAAAGAGACUCUACCACCUGCACCGUGAAGGCUAUGUUAUCCCAAUGGACACCUUAGCAACUCCAUAAUAAAGUUAAUGCAUCGUAGCGAUCCAGUUACCAUCAGUAAAUCCCUGUGACAUUUCAUCGCUUAUUCGUAUGACCCACCUUUUGUGUCGCAAGUCCUACUUUACUCUCUCGUCAUUUUAUCCCGGUUUUUCACCAACCAUCACAUCAAUAGCAACAAGCGAGCACAAAAACGCCAUCUCAAUCAUGAAUCAUUUCCACCAUUACUCAUCAUCGCAAAGUAUCCAAUUGGUUGGAUUUUACGAAAAAAAAAUUGAAAAUAGAAACAAAAAAUGCUAGUGAGAUCCAACCAUCGAUUCCAGAUAUUUAAACAUUUCGUGCAAUAUUAAUCGAAAAAUACAUCAACCACUACUCAACUAACGUAUCUAAUGAUGCUUAUUUUCAUCUUAUAUUCCAAUUAAAAAUUCACUAAAAUAGAAGAUGAA